AGAGUCUCUUCUUGUUUUAGUAUGGAACGUUACAUGGAAGGUGGUUUCGCACAAAUAUGGAACGCCUUCACCUCUAGAGAUGAAGCUACUGGCUUCCUCAAGGAGAUGAUUGAAUCUCACCCUUGGUACAGAGCCAUCUGCAUUAGAGACCUACCAAUUGGGUCAAUCUAUGUGAUGCCGGGAGUCGGGAAGGAUCAUCGGAGGGGAGAGAUUGGCUAUGCUUUGAAUGCGAAGUACUGGGGAAAGGGAAUAGCAACAGAGGCAGUGAAGAUGGCGGUGUCAUGUGCAUUCAAGGAGUUGAAGUGUCUGAGCAGAGUGGAGGGUUUGGUUUUUGCAGAGAAUAGGGCUUCACAAAGGGUGCUGGAGAAAGCUGGGUUUGUUAAGGAAGUAAUUCAAGUCGCUUCCAAUCUCCCAAGAAUUAACUAUGAGCCUGGAUUUGGCGAGUAUCUCAAAUCCAUUAAUCUCACAUCUCUCUCUUAGAAGUAUUUGACAUAUUUUCAGAUCUCCUCAAUCUUCUGUUUUUUUACUGUGUAAUUUUAUUUGUGAUGCUUUUGAAUCCAUUUUGCUAUUUCUCAAUUUUACUUGAUGUUUGAGUGGUUUAUGUUUCCAUUUCUUAAUUUUGAUUUUGAUUUGUGUUUCAAUGGUGAGAUUGUUUUGAUAUUUGGGUGUUUUUGGGUGAAAUAUGUAUUUGGGCCUGCUUUAAAUGAUUUUGUGUAUUAACAGAGGAAGGAAGAGAAAUAGCUUUUGUCAUCAUUUGGUAGCUAUCCAUAUAAAUUGUUUGUUUGCUUUAUCAUAAUAGGUAUUUUGCUUCCAAACCUACACAUUUUACUGUGAUGAUGACCAGAAUUUGAACAUGUGUUCAUUUAUCCAUGAUGAUUUCUCUUGGUAUGAAUUAACUGUGGUUGUUCUUGGUAUGCAAAUUUUGUUAAAUCCUUGCUUUGUGUAUUCUAUGUUUGGAAGUGGUUAGGUUUUGGCUUUUGGAAUGUGCUUUCUUUUUGUUUGAUUUUUAAUUAUGUGAGAAAAAGUUUAAUGAAUUCUAGCUCACUAGUGGGUUUUCAUUUAUCCUUUGUGCAGAAUAUAUGAUGGAGUGGAUUAAAAUUUUACUGCUUCAUUUUUUAUUGGUUACUGAGAAAGUGAAGGAAAAGUGAAAAGAAUUAGGAUUUUCUAAAUCUAUCUCUUUUAUUGUUUCUUGAGAGUGUUUAGUGAUCAAAGCCAUGGCCACGUUGGCAGAGAACCACCACCACCACCACCACUUCUUUGUGCAGAAUAUACGAUGGAGUGAGUU